CUCAGUCGAGUUCUCGCAGUCUCGUCCGUUUCUCUUCUCCUGUGUCUAUCUCCACCUCUCCUCCACCCGGGCGAUCUGCUCUUUGGACUUCAGCGGUUUAGCCCAAACCCUUCUUCCUCCUCGGUGCACUCCAAUGCGUCGCAUUCCGUCCUUCUAAUCCCGACGCAUUCUCUCGUUGCAGACCCCAUCGUUCUAUCUCUCCGUCGUCAUCUAUCUGUGCUCCCCACCUCCCGCUCCCUUUUCGUUGCGCCUCGGGGCCGCUGCGCUGGUGAUUUGCGUCGCCUCCCCCCCUGGGGUUAAUGUGACGGCCCUGCCGACGAUCUUGCCUGACGACUAGUUUCUUCUCUAGCUGGGCUACUCUCCAUUCAGUGGUUAUGGAGCCUCCCAGGAAGAAUAAGUCCAGUGGCAUGCAAGUCAAGGAGGAAGUGAAGUUAGAAGAUGGAAAUGAUUUGUUAGUCAAGCGCAGGAGGACUGAACUUCCAGGUUCCAUUGUUCAACUACAACAGAAAAUUGAAGUAUUUGACAUGGAGAACAAAGUGCCAGAUGGUCUUUCAGUUGAAGAUUCUACUGGCAAGGAUCCCAUGGAUGUGCUCACUAGAUAUGCAGCACAGAACUCUGGUCAAGGGAAUAGUUGCAGUAACGAACCUGCAAUCUCGAGACUGACAAAAAUAUGCAAGGCAAUUGGCUGGAAAGAACCAUCAUAUGACUUUGAAGAACAAGGACCUCCGCAUAACAGAAUAAAUAGAUUGACAGGUGAACACUAUAAAGCUCUAUCCAAUCUAGAUGGCUGAAAGUACAAACAUACAAACAAAGUUUGCCCCCUGGACGACAUAUUAUCGUUUUUGGACCCUUAGCUCGGCGCCACAAGCCACGACGUCAAUGUAACACGUCUCGGCGACGUGAGUUAUGGCAUCGAGGACAACACAGUUCCACUUGUUGGACCCUCACUAUGACGAGCACCAUAGGGGACGACUCAUCGCAGAAGGGCAGGUGUUGCCCGUUCUGCGGUCCAGGACCCAUGACAGGUUUCUAGACAUGCGGUACGACGACAGGUACACUCCUCUCCUUGAGAGGGCUGGCUUGGACGUCGUAUCGUUCCAGGUUCGCCGCGGGUUGCCCACAAUCAACAUUGCGGCGAUCACAGCUUUGGUCGAUAGGUGGCGGCCGGAGACUCACACUUUCCAUCUUCCUUGCGGCGAGAUGACCGUGACACUGCGAGACAGCCAGAAGCAACUUGGUCUCAGUAUUCGUGGGCGUCCAGUGACCGGUCAGGCAGCGCCCGGUGGCUGGAGACAGAGAGUCGAGGCCUUUCUUGGAAGGGAGGUUCCCACAGACACACCAGGUAGCCACACAUCUGGGGUUUCUCUCGCCUGGCUUAGGCAGUCGUUCGGGGAGUGUCCAGCUGCAGCAGAUGACCAGACGGUUAGCUACUACUGCCGAGCUUGGGUCCUACACUUGUUUGGCUCCGUCCUUUUUCCAGACGCGACGGGUGAUAGCGCGUCCUGGAUGUUCCUUCCUUGCCUCACUGAUUGGGACAUGGCAGGAGGCUACAGCUGGGCUUCUGCAGUGCUAUCCUUCCUGUACAGACAACUUUGUGAGGCUUGUCGUCGGACGGCAAAGAACGCAAGUUUAGGCGGUUGCGUGUACCUACUCCAGUUGUGGAUGUGGUCGCACCUACCGGUUGGUCGCCCUAUUGAGUUUGCUCCUCGACCUUGGUUCGACGUCGUCGGCUUGCGACUACGACCGACGGCGGCUUACCGUUGGGACCAGGUCCAGGCUCCGUUCGCACGUCACCAGCGCGCCUACGUCGAGUACUCAAACGAGCUGGACGCACUUACACCGUCGAUGGUUAGCUGGCAACCAUAUGAUGAGCCACCGUUGCCACACAUUCAGUUGAGCUCCGCGUGCACGACAGAUGAAGACAUUUAUUUAUUAAGGUGUCCACUGAUUUGUUUCUAUGCCGUUGAGUACCACUUGCCUCAUAGAGUAGCACGCCAGUUCGGUCUACGUCAGGAGUUCCCUGUGGAGCCCUUCUCGACAUCGGUAGAACUCCACAAGUUCGACCGCCAAAAGCAGAAGAAGAUCACUGACUUUGAGGCGCACCACCAAGUGUACAUUGACGAAUGGGACCAAAUGCAUGACCUCCUCUACCAGAGCGAUCAGUCCCACACCAACUACAACUUUCGCGAGUACAUCUCUUGGUAUGUCGGUGUAACUCGGUGCAAGUUGAAGGGCCAGUGGACAUCAGCGGACUACGCCGAACUAGAGUCUUCAGAUGACGAAGACACAUCCUAUGACCUAGUUACUCGGCAUGGGACACACGUGGAGGCUGCACCAAUCCUAGAUAGAGUGGGCAACUCCAUGAUGCAGUCUGUGGUCGACAUCGAGCAUUUCUCUAAGACCACUUCUGACGACAGGACACUUGCCUUUCUCUCAAGGCUAUCACGUCGCCUACGUUGUGCUGCUGCUCGUUGUGGUUGCAGGAUUAGCGCCGUAGUUAACAUACAACAUACUCUGCAGCACCAUGGUGACACCUCGCUAGGACUUGGAGCUAUCACCGUUGCACAGGGCUCGUCACGUACGACACGAGAUGCGUUUGCGAGCCACAAGGAGGACGAGGAUGACAUUAAGAUUCCUCUCGACAAGAUUGGACCAUAGGAUGCUCCUAAGACAACCUUCACAGCCUAUACCACGCAGACGAUGGCGACGAUCGCGCAACCCUAACACCCCAGGCAUCAACGCUCUUGGGGCCAAGGGCAACGGUAACUAGAAGGAUGCGAGGGAAACAUGAUGGUGCAUGUCUUCUGCUUUGGCUUUUUUGUGCUAUGGACUAUGGAUGACGAUAUAGACUUUCUGCGUUGUACACUUUGGUUGAUGAUAUAGAUUAUCUGUGGUAUGCACUUUGUUUGAUCUAGUUGUGUGAUGCGCUAUUUAGAGAUAUAUAUGCUCAUAUCAUAUUAGUUUUUUUUAUAAUUGUGGAUGUUACUAAAACCAUGUCCAGUAGUCUAUCCAUACUUUAGCUGUUGUUCUGCA